AUGCCUCGCACAUCUUCUGCCAACCUCUCGCUGCUCGAGAGCAGCAAUCUCAGUGGUCUGGUUCUGGGGGGGUUUGAAAGGGACCUCUUGACAUUCCCGGACGGGACCACCGCGGAGUUGGUGAUCCGCUGUGUUAUCCCUUCCCUGUACCUGUUCAUCAUCCUGGUGGGCUUGCUGGGCAACAUCGUGUUGGUGAAGAUCUUCAUCAGCAACAGCGCCAUCCGGAGCGUCCCUAACAUCUUCAUCUCCAACCUGGCCGCUGGAGACGUGCUGCUGCUGCUCACCUGCGUCCCGGUGGACGCCUCGCGCUACUUUUUUGAUGAAUGGAUGUUUGGGAAGGUGGGCUGUAAACUGAUCCCAGUCAUCCAGCUCACCUCCGUGGGGGUUUCCGUGUUCACUCUGACAGCCCUCAGCGCCGACAGGUACAGAGCCAUUGUAAACCCCAUGGACAUACAGACCUCAGGGGCAGUGACGUGGACCUACAUGAAAGUCGUGGCCAUCUGGGUCAUCUCUGUGAUGAUGGCAGUCCCCGAAGCAGUGUUUUCUGAAGUGACUCGUAUCGACAACCUAGCAAAUGGCAGCUUCACGGCCUGCAUACCUUACCCUCAGACAGAUGAGUUACACCCAAAGAUUCAUUCGGUGCUCAUCUUCUUGGUCUAUUUCCUUAUACCACUUGUUAUCAUUAGUGCUUAUUAUUAUCAUAUUGCAAAAACCUUAAUUAAAAGUGUACAUAAUCUUCCUGGAGAAUACAAUGAACAUACCAAAAAACAGAUGGAGACACGGAGACGCCUGGCUAAAAUCGUGCUGGUCUUCGUGGGCUGCUUCGUCUUUUGUUGGUUUCCCAACCACGUCCUCUACCUGUAUCGGUCCUUCAACUAUAAGGAGAUCGACCCAUCUCUCGGUCACUUGAUCGUCACCUUGGUAGCCCGGGUUCUGAGCUUUUGCAAUUCGUGCGUAAAUCCAUUUGCUCUGUAUCUACUCAGUGAAAGCUUCAGGCGGCAUUUCAACAGCCAGCUCUGCUGUGGCAGCAAGUCCUACCCAGAGAGAUCAACCAGUUAUGUACUCAGUUCUUCAGCAGUGCGCAUGACAUCGCUGAAAAGCACUGCUAAGAACGUGGUGACCAAUUCUGUUUUGCUAAAUGGACACAGUGUGAAGCAGGAAAUAGCGCUUUGAGUCGGGCCACUUAUCUCCUGACUAAGAAAGAACUCACCAUUUUCUUCCCCUAUUGAGCAGAGCAGAAGGAGACAAUUCUCCCAUUCUUACUAUUGUUCAGCCACUUUAUUAGACUGAUUUCACGAUUACUCAGAAAAAUAAAUAUAUAUAUUCUCUGAGUAGGUCUUUACAUUUCAUUAUUGCUCACAUUAA